AUGACCACCCCCAAUCGGAUCCCUCGACUUCCUCACAACGGUAACCCACGACCUUCUACAAAUUCAAAUCCUCAAUCUCUCUCGAAUCAAAAUCGACGUCAAGUCAUCGCAGCAAACUCCUCACAGAUCCAAGCUCAACGACCCAAGUUCUCACCAGUUCCCAAAGAAUAUCCGGCCCAAUCAACUAAGUCUUCCGAACCCUCGUUUGAAUGGACAAAUCCGGAUCCUUUUAAUACUGCAAAUAAAAACCAUUCGGUAACUCGGACUCUUGCUUCUCCCGCGCGCUUCGACUCCGGCAUUGACAGCGUUGCACCUGAUUCACUGGCACCGUCCAACUCCGGCAUUGGGAGAGAUGCUCCUGCUUCACUGAUACCCUCCAACUCCGACAUCAAUGCCAAUGCCAAUGCGCCAGAGGUGUCAAUAAAGCAACGUAUCUGCAAUGCCAUACGUGCCUUUGGGAUUGAGAUCAGAUCACGAAUGAAAUUGGAAAGUAAAUCGAAAAGGGAGGAGGGAAGAGCGCGAGAGAGACUAAGGCGCAAAAGCAUAGUAAAUGGUGCCGCAAGAGCAAAGGCCGAAGAUGCGAGGAUAAAGGCCCAACUGGAUGUGCACUAUGACGAGGAACGGAGAAAAAACAGCAAUGCACGAAGGAAAGCAAAGGAGAAUGAUAUAGAAAUAAAGGCAAAAGAAAAACGUCGGAAGGCCCAGGAGAAGAAGCGAAAUAACCAGGAGAAGAGAGAGCGCAGGGAGGAGAAGGGGUGGGAGAAGAUGUGA